AUGGCUAAUGUGAAUGACAGACACCUUCUUUCUUUUCCUCAAGUCUCUCAGCAGGGGGAAAGCCAGAGACGCUUGUACAGAGAGCUGCUGCGGAACUACAAUCGUCUGGAACGACCCGUAGUGAAUGACUCCCAGCCGCUCGUAGUCGAGCUCCAGCUUUCCUUGUUGCAGAUAAUUGAUGUGGAUGAGAAGAAUCAGGUGUUGAUCACCAAUGCUUGGCUGCAGAUGUCCUGGGUUGAUGUUUACUUGUCUUGGGAUCAAUACGAAUACCCAGGAGUGCAGAACUUGCGAUUUCCUGCCGACCAGAUUUGGGUACCAGACAUUCUUCUGUAUAACAGUGCAGAUGAAAGAUUUGAUGCAACAUUUCACACAAAUGUGCUGGUGAACUACUCUGGAUCCUGCCAAUAUAUUCCUCCAGGCAUUUUGAAGAGCACAUGUUACAUUGAUGUCCGCUGGUUCCCCUUUGAUGUGCAGAAGUGUGAUUUGAAGUUUGGCUCCUGGACUCACAGUGGCUGGUUGAUUGACCUGCAGAUGCUCGAGGCUGAUAUUUCCAACUACAUCUCAAAUGGAGAAUGGGAUUUAGUGGGUGUCCCAGGGAAGAGGAAUGAGAUGUACUAUGAAUGCUGCAAAGAACCAUACCCAGAUGUGACGUACACGAUCACAAUGCGUCGACGCACCCUCUACUAUGGCUUGAACUUACUCAUUCCCUGUGUUCUCAUAUCUGGCUUAGCACUGCUUGUAUUCCUUUUGCCAGCUGAUUCUGGGGAGAAGAUUUCUUUAGGUAUCACUGUCCUUCUUUCCCUGACUGUAUUCAUGCUGCUCGUGGCUGAGAUCAUGCCUGCAACUUCUGACUCUGUCCCACUAAUAGCUCAGUAUUUCGCUAGCAUCAUGGUCAUCGUUGGUCUGUCUGUGGUGGUAACAGUGCUGGUUCUGCAGUUUCACCAUCAUGACCCCCAAGCAGGAAAGAUGCCCAAAUGGGUCCGUGUCAUCCUGCUGAAUUGGUGUGCUUGGUUUUUACGAAUGAAAAAACCUGGGGAAAACAUAAAGCCCCUCUCUUGCAAGUACAGCUAUUCCAAGCAGCAGCUGAGCGUGAACAGCAUGGAAGUGAACGUCCUUCCCGGGCACCAGUCCAGCAACGGCAACACCAUCUACAGCUACCACGCCAUGGAGAGCCCCUGCUGCCCACAGCAGAACGACCUCGGCAGCAAAGGUGGGAAGAUGACCUGCCCCUUAGCAGAAGAUAUUGAGCUUGUGCAAAAGAAAGCUUUAAUGGACACUCUUCCAGUGAUGGUGAAGAUCCUGGAGGAAGUCCAGUUCAUAGCGAUGCGGUUCAGGAAACAAGAUGAGGGUGAAGAGAUCUGCAGUGAAUGGAAGUUUGCAGCUGCUGUCAUAGACAGAUUAUGUCUGGUUGCAUUUACCCUUUUUGCCAUCAUUUGCACGUUCACAAUACUCAUGUCUGCUCCAAAUUUUAUAGAGGCUGUUUCAAAGGAUUUUGCAUAAGGUUUUCAAAGAUGAGCAUGAUAAUCAAAAAGUGAAUAUUGCCAGUAAUUUUACUAGAUAAUUUAACUCAAAUAGAGAAGUGUACUUACAUGUGCUAACAUACACAGAAGGGGAUUAAAAUAAU